GCCUUUCGUUUUGGGAGGAAGUUUCAUGUUUAGGACCGCCCCUCGUGGACCCUCACAUUGACUGUUGUGCAACGAACAGAAAAGCCUUUCCUAUUUAACUGCACUACCUGUUGCAUUAUAAGACAUUGUUAACCAGUUUUACUUGAAAUGUACGUUCGAACUUUGUCUGCUGGUCAACUGCUGUUUCGUCUUAAUCGUGAUUCUUCUUCGGUAGAGGCAACUCGUCUACAAAGUCUGGCAUUGUUAGAAUAAGUCAGGCUCAAAUUCCAAAAAGAAAUCUUGCAAUCCAGCAACGACAAUAGUCCUUUUGCUGUCUCGCCCUAAUUGUGCUCGUGAGUGAAAACAGUACGAACGCAGAAUGAAAGGAGAAAGUAGUAAAUAGGCCGCCAGUACUGCUGGUGGUGGUUACUGUGCAAGUUACUCUCACUUUUUAGAAGACCCGUGUGGAAUCAAACUCGUCUGCUGGUUUCGUGACGAAUUUGAGUGGUGCCUUGUACUUUCCCUUUAAACUAGUCAUCUCGCGUUCGCACCUUGGACGAAACGUAGCAAACGUUUCUGCAGUGAGACUUGGCAGGAACCAUGGAAAUGGCGAAUACCAUCAACAAUGCCAAAUCCUCGGAUCCAGCGUCGACUGCGGAUUUGGAUGACGUCGGAGGACAAUGUGGAUGGUACUGCUGGAAACCGAGAUUCCUACAACGCCUAUCUACAUCAAAAUCCUUUUUAUUCUGGAUCUGUUGGGCCGGCGGCUUUCAAAGUUUUUUAAUCAAUGGCCUUCUCAACGUUUGCGUCAGCACAAUAGAGCGGCGGUACGAACUCACGUCAACGGACAGCGGGAUGAUUAUCGGCUGCUAUGAUAUCGCUUCAUUUUUGACUGUUCUGCCAGUUUCUUAUCUAGGAGGUCGUAAAGGUGCAUGCAAACCGCGUUGGGUCGGCUACGGUGUUUUGUUGUUGGGCAUAGGCUCGUUCGUGUUUGCCACUCCUCAUUUGGCGUCUGGACUCUACCAGGCUUCUGUCAAACAACAAGUCGUCGGCACUUGUUCCUUAUCGCCGUCAGUGAAUGCCAGUUGCUCAACUGCGGAUCACAUAACAACACUGAAUGAUGGAAUAUCCUUACAGAAGUUCAAGUACGUCUUUUUAAUGGCGCAGCUUAUUAUGGGUGCUGGAGGAGCUCCGCUGUACACCCUCGGAACAGCCUUCAUAGAUGAAAAUGUCAGCCACAAAAUGCAACCGAUCUACAGCGGAGUUUUUUACGGAAGCACAAUGCUAGGUCCCGCUCUUGGCUAUAUUGCUGGCGGGCAAUUACUUCGUCUUUACGUCGACGUCGAUAAGAUCUCAGCUAAAGAGGUGGGAAUGGCGCCGGGAAGCAGCGUUUGGGUGGGAGCAUGGUGGCUUGGUUUCGUCAUCGCUGGAACGCUACUUUGCAUCGCCGCCAUUCCCCUGUUGGCUUUCCCUAGCGAAUUACCUGGUGCGAAAGCACUGGCCGCAGCGAAGGAAGCGGAAGAUUCCAAAACAGAACUCCCGGACGAGGAUGAAGAGUAUGAUUCCAAAAAUGAUGCCGAAACCACCACGCAAGAUGCGGCAAUAAGUGUUGGCCAAAGCUUGCGAGAGUUGCCUACAGCAAUCAAAGAAUUAGCUACACGUUGGACGUUUUUAUUCAUUUGCCUGGAGCAAUCGUGCGAGGCAAUGCUACUGGCAGGUUUUGGUGCAUUCUUACCGAAGAUAAUUGAAAGCCAGUUUUCAUUGUCACCCGCCAUGACUGCUGUUAUCGUUGGUGGACUAGUUAUACCUUGUGGGUGUGGCGCUUCCUACACUGGUGGUUAUCUAAUUAAGCACUAUCGCAUGCGUCCAAGGUCCAUCUUGAAAAUGUCGUGUUUCUGGGUGUCCCUCAGUUUCAUCUUUUCAUUGGCCUUUAUGGUCUAUUGUCCCAAUCAAGACUUUGCCGGAGUGACAGUUCCUUACAGUGGGAAACAGGAAUUAAAUAUCGUAUCUGAUUGCAAUGCCAAUUGUUCCUGCUCAUUAGAUACUUAUAGCCCUGUUUGUGGUAUCGAUAACAUCGUCUACUAUUCUCCUUGCCAUGCUGGAUGCACAUCGUUUCACGAGACAGUGGUCGACGGAUUGAAAUCCAAAUCCUUCGGCGUGUACUCCAAUUGCUCGUGCAUAAAUUCCCCGGAAUAUAAAAGGAUGAAGGUCGUUGGAGGCACAGAGGUGGACGUCAUGGCAGCUCGUCAGACAUGCACGUCCUCUAAAUGCAAUUAUCAACUCUACCUAUUCACAGUUUUGCUAUUCAUUUUCCUGGCACUUGUUUUCGCAAACAGUAUGCCUAUUCUUUCGGCUACAUUAAGGAGUGUGCCACACAAUCGAAGAGCCUUCGCAUUAGGAACCCAGAUGAUUAUAUGGCGGCUUUUCGGUGCUAUCCCAGGCCCCAUGAUCUUCGGGUUGUUCAUAGACAGUUCUUGCGUCUUGUGGACGCACACAAACGACUGCAAUGGCAACUCGGAAAAUAGCGGAUCUUGUUUAAUUUACAACAAUUAUUCAUUUAGCAGAGCGAUGGUUGGUCUAGCGCUGGUCGUUAAAGGUUUAACAUUUUUGUUCUCCAUCUUGGCUUGGUGGUUUUACACACCACCAGUGAAAACUGCCAAACAAGUCAACGGUGGCCCUGCAACAACAGUUAAUCCAGAGGCAAAAACCAAAGAAAUUUACGCUUACGACAACACGAUUGUCGAUCGAUCUUAACGUUGUAAAUAAGAUAAGAAUUUCGUGAUUUCAGAAUUAUUUUACGGCGGUAUUUUUUCUAGUUUUCGGUGGGAAAAAAAUGUAUUUAUUCACUUUUUUGAAUAUAUACACUUUUUGUAAUUUUU